AUGGGAGGUAAAGGGAACAAGGGUGUUUAUCGAUUGAGAAUUGGGUCAUGGAACGUAGGUACAUUGACAGGUAAGUCUAUAGAGUUGGCGAAGAUCCUCCAGAAGAGGAGGGUCAAUAUAGCUUGUGUCCUGGAGACAAGGUGGGUAGGGUCGAGUGCGAGGGACGCGCACGAGUAUAAACUUUGGAACUCAGGAACCCAGAAGGGUAAGAAUGGAGUGGGUAUUUUGGUGGAUAGGGAACUUAGAGAGUCUGUGGUCGAGGUUAGACGAGCGAAUGAUAGAUUGAUGAUUAUUAAGUUGGUGGUUGGACAGUGCACCCUAAACGUCGCUAGCGCCUAUGCGCCUCAUGCGGGCCUAGAUGAGGAGGCUAAACGACGCUUUCGGGAGGAGUUAUAUGAGAUUAUGUGUCAGGUACCACCUGCUGAGAAGUUAUUCAUAGGAGGGGAUUUCAAUGGUCAUAUUGGGUCGACCGCAGGUGGGUAUGACGAAGUGCAUGGAGGCUUCAAUUUUGGGGAGAGGAACGGAGGAGGAACCUCGUUGCUGGACUUCGCUAAGGCUUUUGGGUUGGUGAUUGCAAACUCUAGAUUUUCGAAGACGGAGGAGCAUUUGGUUACUUUUCAAAAUGCGGUGGCGAAGACUUAG